ACUGUGCGUUAAACAGUGCAUUGCGUGGAAUAUUGAAUCCAAACAAAGGAUCCGGUUUUGUGAAAUAUUAUGAGGUCUUUGGUUUAUUCAAAACGAUCAUCCAAGCUUACCAACGCCCCUCAUUCAUACACCAUACAUAAUCAUUUAUGAACCGUGUGCUAUUCAUUUUGUGGAAACACCUGAACGUACAUGGUUUUCGAAAAUAGUUUUUUGAAUAAAUCAUCGUACACACCACACCUGUGGUUGGAGUCUUCUCUUCUGCAGAUUGGAGGGACGAUUUUUAUUUUAAGUUAUCCCAGGUUUCAAGUUUUGUGAAUGCUGACAGGCUAACAAUCAUCAAAUAUAAUUUGGAUACAUACCAUCGGCAAUGUAUCCAGACAUGGGUGUGACGUAUACGAUUCUCUUCUUUUGGCUUGCGUUGAGUAUACAACAUAUAUUCUGCUUGUCAGAGUUUCAUGGCAUCCUAACGGAAGAAGAGCUUAUGACAUACACAAAGAAAACAAGUGUAAAAGAAUACGACAUCAUCUCACCGCGGAUUCACAAUGCGGCUUCGGUAAGGAAACGAAGCACAGAUUCAACCGAUCACAAUGAAGCACACAAAGUUACUUUCACUGCAUUCGACGAAGAGCAUCAUUUGACCCUUACGAAAAACCAUUGGCUCCUUAUGCCCGACCUAGAGGUGGAAUAUGUCCAACCAGAUGGAUCGAUCCGGAAAGAACCGGUUCAAUCAAGAGACUGUCAUUUCUUUGCUACCUCAAUCUCUCAUCAAGGAUCGACAGGAGCUCUAAGCACGUGCGGUGGAGUGAGAGGAGCACUUUCAGUUAAAGAUGAGAUGCUGUACAUAGAACCCCUCAAAGGGAGCCACACGAAGAGGAUGAAGAGGAGUGUGGGAGAUGAUAUCCAACCUCAUAUCAUCUAUAAACGAAGCGAUUCGGGUGAUGAACUUUUCUGCCCGGUGGGACAAUCCGCAGCAGCAAACGGUGCAUCAUCAGGGGAUAGUGGUGGAUCCAACGGCAAUGUGACCACCUACACGGGACCUUAUCUUGGCGCCAAGUUCAUGGAAAUAUACUACGUAGUAGACGGUCUUGUUUAUGAUGAACAUGGGAAUGAGACGGAGACAUAUGCAAUGACAGUACUUAACAUUAUGAGCAGGCGAUUCGCAGAUCCAAGUCUGGAUAUCAGUAUGAGGAUAUCAGUAGUUCGUUUUCUCAUCUCAACGACAACUACCCUGACGGCAAUGGACACCGCAGGAUCUCCUACUUCUGUGGCAACUUCGACAGACCCUGAAGCAACCCUAUCAAACUUCUGCAACUGGCAGGCUUCACAAAGUGUUGAUGACGAUACGAACCAAAAUGAUUGGGACCUCGCCAUUCUCUUCACAGGGCACGACCUACAGAGAGGAGGUUCUUCUAGUUCUGUGGGACUAGCAUAUGUUGGUACGACUUGCACAUUAAAUGCGAAGUGUGGUAUAAAUGAAAACAUUGGAUUUGCUUCAGGACUGGUCAUGGCACACGAAACAGGGCACUUACUUAGUUUAUCACAUGACGGUGAUCCAGAUUACGAAUCAUGCCCCACGGGCAGGAACAUCAUGUCUCCAUCACUCUCAUUAAGCAAUGGAGCUUUCGAAUGGUCAUCCUGUAGUUCUGAACACAUGAAAAUAUUCCUAAGUCAAUCAAGUAGUCAAUGUUUGGAUGAUGUACCAAGCUUUACACUGUCCCCCAUCGAUGAGUACCCUGGUGAGAUAUAUGAUCGAGACCAACAGUGUCAAUUCGCCAUGAAAAAUCCUGACGCACUUGGUUGUUCCAGUGAAUCUUGCACUGUCCUUUUUUGUAUGCUGCCGGGAGAAUCCUCGUGUACAAGCGCGAGCCAACCUGCUGAGGGCACUCCUUGCGGAUCGGGCAUGUGGUGCAUUAAUGCCGAAUGUGUCAACAGCACAUUAAACUAUACACUGCCUGUCGACGGCGGGUGGUCGGAGUACGGAAACCUCUCAGAUUGCUCAAGAACAUGUGGGACAGGGGUUCAAAUCAGGAGUCGUACCUGUACUAAUCCGAGCCCACAGUGGGGAGGAAUGCCUUGCAUCGGCGAUAGCCACCAAUAUAUACUUUGUAAUGAAGAGCUUUGUGAAACAUCUCAGGAUGACUUUCGCAAUGAGCAAUGCAGUGCAACAAACUCAAUCGCUGUGAAUGGACAACUUAGAACCUGGACAGACUAUCAAGAACCCUCAAACUGCAACUUACGUUGCAUAUCCAGGCCCUUGGUUGAUGAUAGACCUGGUGAUUUUUGUGAUGGCACGCAGUGUUGGUACGAUGAUGGGAAUGAUGUCAAAUCAACCAACCUAUGUAUAUCUGGACGCUGUGAGCGAUUCGGUUGCGAUGGAGUUCUGAAUUCUGGUCUUUUCUAUGAUGAUUGUCUUGUCUGCGGCGGUGAUGGCUCGUCUUGUAACUGUACAACUGGAUCAGUUACCACUGUAAUGAACAUUGGAGAGGCAGUCUAUGUGUCAAUACCAAUCGGAUCGACAAGCAUUACAGCAGAUACGUAUGGUUCAUUACAGUAUAUAGGACUCCGAGUGAAUGAGGACUUCAUUUUGGGGAUUAAUACUACUAACAUGAACUAUCUCACUAGCAAAGGGCGCUAUAGCAUCGGCAACAUGGUGAUCGAUUAUGAUUAUGAAAUUAAUAUUGAAUCACAUUUACAGUCACUCACAGAACCUUCAACAGAGAUUCUAGAUAUUUUAGUUUGGGCAGGAUCAUCCUCAAACCCAAUAAACUUCACUUAUAGGUAUUGCACCCCGGCUGCGAUACCGCCAACUCCUAUGAAUUCUAUGCCAGCUACACACUCAGUAAGUUCAACUCUAAUGAGCACGGCUUCUGAUACGCCGUCAUUUAUCAUGUCUUCAGCAACUUCUACAUCAGAAGCUUCUGUUUCCAUGAGUUCUAUGCUAGCAACAGACUCGAUAGUAAGUUCUAUUCCGACGGGCACAUUGUCUGAUUCAUCAUCAUUUAUCAUGUCUUCAGCAACUCCUACAUCAGAAGCUUCUGUUUCUAUGACUUCUAUGCCAGCAACAGACUCGAUAGUAAGUUCUACUCCGAUGGGCCCAGCGUCUGUUUCGUCAUUAUUUACCAUGUCUUCAGCAACUCCUACAUCAGAAGCUUCUGUUUCGAUGACUUCUAUGCCAGCAACAGACUCGAUAGUAAGUUCUACUCCGAUGGGCCCAGCGUCUGAUUCAUCAUCAUUUACCAUGUCUUCAGCAACUCCUACAUCAGAAGCUUCUGUUUCUAUGACUUCAAUGCCAGCAACAGACUCGAUAGUAAGUUCUGCUCCGAUGGGCCCAGCGUCUGAUUCAUCAUCAUUUACCAUGCUUUCAGCAACUCCUACAUCAGAAGCUUCUGUUUCUAUGACUUCAAUGCCAGCAACAGACUCGAUAGUAAGUUCUACGCCGAUGGGCCCAGCGUCUUAUUCAUCAUCAUUUACCAUGUCUUCAGCAACUCCUACAUCAGAAGCUUCUGUUUCUAUGACUUCUAUGCUAGCAACAGACUCGAUAGUAAGUUCUAUUCCGACAGGUCCAGCGUCUGAUUCAUCAUCAUUUACCAUGUCUUCAGCAACUCCUACAUCAGAAGCUUCUGUUUCUAUGACUUCAAUGCCAGCAACAGACUCGAUAGUAAGUUCUGCUCCGAUGGGCCCAGCGUCUGAUUCAUCAUCAUUUACCAUGCUUUCAGCAACUCCUACAUCAGAAGCUUCUGUUUCUAUGACUUCUAUGCUAGCAACAGACUCGAUAGUAAGUUCUACUCCGAUGGGCCCAGCGUCUGAUUCAUCAUCAUUUAUCAUGUCUUCAGCAACUCCUACAUCAGAAGCUUCUGUUUCUAUGACUUCAAUGCCAGCAACAGACUCGAUAGUAAGUUCUACUCCGAUGGGCCCAGCGUCUGAUUCAUCAUCAUUUACCAUGUCUUCAGCAACUCCUACAUCAGAAGCUUCUGUUUCUAUGACUUCAAUGCCAGCAACAGACUCGAUAGUAAGUUCUACGCCGAUGGGCCCAGCGUCUUAUUCAUCAUCAUUUACCAUGUCUUCAGCAACUCCUACAUCAGAAGCUUCUGUUUCUAUGACUUCUAUGCUAGCAACAGACUCGAUAGUAAGUUCUAUUCCGACAGGUCCAGCGUCUGAUUCAUCAUCAUUUACCAUGUCUUCAGCAACUCCUACAUCAGAAGCUUCUGUUUCUAUGACUUCAAUGCCAGCAACAGACUCGAUAGUAAGUUCUAUUCCGACGGGUCCAGCGUCUGAUUCAUCAUCAUUUAUCAUGUCUUCAGCAACUCCUACAUCAGAAGCUUCUGUUUCUAUUACUUCUAUGCCAGCAACAGACUCGAUAGUAAGUUCUACUCCGAUGGGCCCAGCGUCUGAUUCAUCAUCAUUUAUCAUGUCUUCAGCAACUCCUACAUCAAAAGCUUCUGUUUCUAUGACUUCUAUGCCAGCAACAGACUCGAUAGUAACUUCUACUCCGAUGGGCCCAGCGUCUGAUUCAUCAUCAUUUACCAUGUCUUCGGCAACUCCUACAUCAGAAGCUUCUGUUUCUAUGACUUCAAUGCCAGCAACAGACUCGAUAGUAAGUUCUACUCCAAUGGGCCCAGCGUCUGAUUCAUCAUCAUUUACCAUGUCUUCAGCAACUCCUACAUCAGAAGCUUCUGUUUCUAUGACUUCUAUGCUAGCAACAGACUCGAUAGUAAGUUCUAUUCCGACGGGUCCAGCGUCUGAUUCAUCAUCAUUUAUAAUGUCUUCAGCAACUCCUACAUCAGAAGCUUCUGUUUCUAUGACUUCUAUGCCAGCAACAGACUCGAUAGUAAGUUCUACUCCGAUGGGCCCAGCGUCUGUUUCAUCAUUUACCAUGUCUUCAGCAACUCCUGCAUUGGAAUCCUCUGUUUUUAUGACUAUGUCUGUUCCGGUAGUUACGGAUUCAAGUGCACCUGCGACCUCUGCUCCCGCCACACCUACACCAACUAUAUCAUCGAGUGAUGUAUCAACCAUGAGUUCUGUGACUCCAACAACUCCGACAGACCCAUGUACAUUAUCACCCUGUCAAAACGGAGGCACUUGCUCGUCAAAUGAUGGUGUUUAUCAAUGCACAUGUCCUGACACACACGAGGGAACCAACUGUGAAACAGAGAUCGAUCCAUGCACGUUAGCACCCUGUCUAAACGGAGGCACUUGCUCGUCAGAUAAUGGUGUGUAUCAAUGCACGUGUCCUGACACACACGAAGGAACUAACUGCGAAAUAGAGAUCGACCCAUGCACAUCAUCACCAUGUCAAAAUGGAGCCACUUGCUUGUCAAAUAAUGGUGUUUAUGAAUGCACAUGUCCUGACAUAUACAGCGGAACCAACUGCGAAACAGAGAUCGACCAAUGCUUAUCCUCUCCCUGUCAAAAUGGAGGCACUUGUUCGUCGAGCAAUGGUGUUUAUCUAUGCACGUGUCCUGACACACAUGAGGGGACCAACUGCGAAACGGAGAAGACUACCUGUGAUGUUGUUGGGUGUCCCUCAGGCGAAACAUGUACUAGCGAAUCUAACGUGUGUGAAUGUAGUGGGAAUACAGUAAGAAAUAACAACGGCGUGUGCAGAGCACCCCAAAGUGCCUUCACUAUACAAAUUGUGAUCGUAGCAUUCCAAACCAUCACAGACUUUCAAGACGUCGUCAACAAUCAGAAUUCGGCAACUUCUAUGGAAAUCAGACAGAGCCUUACUGUCAUCUUAUUUACAGUAUAUAGGAGACGGUAUGGGACGCUCUUCAUCGGCGUCAUCAUCCGAAGCUUUUCUCUCGGGAGCCUCGAAGUCGAGGCUGAUCUCAUGUUCGGUGAACCUGAAAACCCCACAGACACACAACAACCCCCAAACAAUCCCAUGGAAAUUGCCGAGGUAUUUACCAAUAGUCUCCAGAGCAUGGACAAUACAAGUACUACUGGCGAUUUUGUUGUGGAUUCAACAAGAACGACCGUUACUGAUACCGAUGAGUGUUCCAACAGUACAUUCAACGAUUGUAGCCAGUAUGCUGACUGCACAAACACGCUUGGUAGCUUUACAUGCGCAUGUCUGGAUGGCUUCCAAGACACAUCUCCUACUGAAGACCUUGGAAGACAAUGUGAAGAUUUCAACGAAUGUAGCAAUCCAAAGAUCUGUCCAGAGUUUGCUACUUGCAUGAACUCUCCUGGUAGUUUCUCGUGUACAUGCUUGCCUGGAUUCACUGGUGAUGGCGCUAGCUGCGCACCAGUGGAUGAAUCCGGCGUCCUUAGCGACGCAGAACUUGCAGGACUUGUAAUCGGGGGAGUGGUCAUCGUCUUCCUUGUCUUCAUCAUAAUCGUAACAUGCUUCAUAUUGAUUCGUCGAAUGAUGUUAAGGCGGACAAAAUCAGGGAAGUCUAUUAAUCGUCUUGGUCCACUCAACGGAGGGAGAGGUGCAGGGCCCUUCAUCAAUGGAUAUUACGGAGACGGUUAUCCGCUAGCAGACUACCCAUCCGAGAUGGAACUCGGACCCAUCAAUAAACCGGGAUAUCAUAAUGGUGCUUACUACCGAGAGCCCAACGAAAGAGAGGGAUUUAGUAGACCCUAUAUGACUGCAGGAGAAAAUGAACAAAUGCCACACUAUUGAUGUCACCAGCACGCUGGCGCUUCGAUUAAAUCAUUGCGAACACAAUGCGACAUCUUUGGGGAAGGGAGUAAGCAUUCUAUUUACGUUUUGUCGAGGAAACCAAGGGGAAAUAAUUAUUUAACAUGCCAUUUAUUAAGAAAUGUAUUAUACUCAUUAGGCGAUUCUUGGAGGAGAUGGAAAUGAAAUAUUUUCAGCAACUAAUGGUAAAGAAUCAUCAAGUCGAUUAAGUCUUUGGGAAUCACCGCGCUUGGUUAUAUAUUUCGUAUGAUUCUUCUGAAUGUAAUGCACUGUUAAAGAAAAUAUCCUUAAAAGAAAAUCCUUCUGCAGAGUCUCAGGAACACCUGUAAUCUUACCAGGUUACGUAAUAUUGAAUUGUAUCGUGUAAAAUUACUGGAAAUUGUUAUUGGUGUAUGGAAUCAUAAAAAAAAUCCUGAAAUAAAAACACCAUUUCCCCAUUUUUUAACAGACCUGUUCUGUUAAAUUGUAGAACAAUUCCUGCUUUAAGUAUUUACAGAAUGAUUAUGUUGUUGCUUUCUGCAAUAUCUUGUUUAUGUAAAAUCAGAGUUUUUUUAACAGUGUAGAGGUCAAUCACUCCUUAGAUUUAAAGAUUAUUUAAGUAUUGGAAUGUAAUAGUCAUAUUUAAUGGCUGGUGUUCUGAUUCACUUCGUUCAAUGUGGUGUUCCAUAAGGCUACAUUCUAGACUCGCUAUUAUUUCUGCUCUAUGCCAAUGACAUUUUUAAUACAUCCUCCAUAAUCAUCUUUGGUAUUACUCGCUGACAUUUAUUUUCUCCUAGAAAUCUCGCUGUUAUAUUGAAAUUCCAGUCCCUAUGUCUUUUGAAGACAUGUUUUUCAUUAGCUUUGCCCAUACCUGCCCGAUUCGUAUUUGUGGAAACUUUCAUCUUAAACACCUCAGACAAUUUAUUGCCUCUAAAUCUAUUAGACAUUAGCGACUACACAUUUGGAGUAAUCUUUCAGACAAUAUUAAAUCUUGUUCGACCAUAAUCCUUACAAGUAAUUCUUAGCAAAACUAUCAUACAUUUUAUGCAUCCCAUAGGCCUACUCCAAAUUAACAUAUUGCUCACAUAAUUGUUCGCGUUCAUUUUUAUUCUCAUUAUACUAAAUCGAUACUUGUAUCAGGGCAUAUAUUGCAGUGAUUAAUACUUAGUCACAAACAUUUUCAUGAGGUUGUCAUAAAUUUCCAACUCGAUCUCUCACGACAGUGUUCUCUUGCGAUCAUUGGGUAAUUUCAUUGAUUACGUUAUUCAAACAAUAGUAAUAUUCACAUCGUCUAUUGUGUAUUUGAUAACUACAUUCCUUAUAUUAUUGUGGGUUAUUUUGUAAACUGUGUAUGUUCAGAUAUUAUUUGUAUUGUGUAUGAUAUUUUGAGCGCAGAUGUUGCGGGAAA